AGCGCGGGCCGCCAAAUGGGUCGCGACUCUCGCUCGCGCUCGCGGUCCGCGGGGUGGAGGAGUCGGAGGCGGCGGAGCCGGAGUCGGCGCCGGAGCCGAAGCCGGAGCCGCAGCGGGAGCCAUGGACGGAGCAGCCGGCGGCGCCGGGAACGCGAGAGGCGGCGCGAACGCAGGCGGCGCAGCCGGGGGCGCAGGUCAGAUUCGGAAGAAGACCAGCGGCAUAGGUCUGGGAGGCGAAGCCGGAGCCCUCGUCCGCCCCGAUGGCACUCACAGGACCGGUCCUCACAGUCUGACUUGGGUGAGGAGCGAACACGUGGCUCGCGGUCCCCGGGGUCAUCGGCAUCUAGUUUGGAAUCUAGGAAGCGCUCUCGGAGCCCUGGGGCGGCUGCCCUGGCCCUGAGCCAGCAGCAGAGCCUGCAGGAGCGGCUGCGGCUGCGCGAGGAGCGGAAGCAGCAAGAAGAGCUGCUCAAGGCCUUCGAGACCCCGGAGGAGAAGCGCGCGCGGCGACUAGCCAAGAAAGAAGCUAAGGAGCGCAAGAAGCGGGAGAAGAUGGGCUGGGGUGAGGAGUACAUGGGCUACACCAACACCGACAACCCCUUCGGAGACAACAAUCUGCUCGGCACCUUCAUCUGGAACAAGGCUCUGGAGAAGAAGGGCAUCAGCCACCUGGAGGAGAAAGAGCUGAAAGAGCGCAACAAGAGGAUCCAAGAGGACAACCGGCUGGAGCUGCAGAAGGUGAAGCAGCUGCGGCUGGAGCGCGAGCGCGAGAAGGCCAUGCGGGAGCAGGAGCUGGAGCUGCUGCAGCGGGAGAAGGAGGCGGAGCACUUCAAGACCUGGGAGGAGCAGGAGGACAGCUUCCACCUGCGGCAGGCUAAGCUGCGUUCCAAGAUCCGCAUCCGAGACGGGCGAGCUAAGCCGAUCGACCUGCUGGCCAAGUACAUCAGCGCAGAGGACGACGACCUGGCCGUGGAGAUGCACGAGCCCUACACCUUCCUCAAUGGCCUCACUGUGGCGGACAUGGAGGACCUGCUGGAGGACAUCCAGGUGUACAUGGAGCUGGAGCAGGGUAAGAACGUGGACUUCUGGCGGGACAUGACAACCAUCACGGAAGAUGAGAUCGCCAAGCUCCGCAAGCUGGAGGCCUCGGGCAAGGGCCCAGGUGAGCGCCGGGAGGGGGUCAAUGCCUCAGUCAGUUCCGAUGUGCAGUCGGUGUUCAAGGGGAAGACGUACAACCAGCUGCAGGUCAUCUUCCGGGGCAUCGAGGGCAAGAUCUGCGCGGGUGGCCCCAACCUGGACAUGGGCUACUGGGAGAGCCUGCUGCAGCAGCUGCGUGCGCACAUGGCCAGGGCCAGGCUCCGUGAGCGCCACCAGGAUGUUUUGCGGCAAAAGCUGUUCAAGCUGAAGCAGGAGCAGGGAGUGGAGAGCGAACCGCUGUUCCCCAUCCUCAAGGCCGAGCCCACAGCCACCCAUAGCCCUGAAGCUGAGGAGCCAGACCCCAGCCCCGGACCCUCGGCGGAACCCGCAGAAGCCGAGGGAACUCCAGCAGCUGCGGAGGCGGAGGCGGAGGUGGAUGCAGAUGGCGAGGCGGUGCUGAUGGAGGAGGACCUGAUCCAGCAGAGCCUGGCGGACUACGAUGCCGGCCGCUACAGCCCGCGGCUGCUCACACCGCACGAGCUGCCGCUGGACGCCCAUGUGCUGGAGCCACACGAGGACCUGCAGCGCCUGCAGCUGUCCCGCCAGCAGCUCCAGGCCACAGGCGAUGCGAGCGAGAGCGCCGAGGACAUCUUCUUCAGGCGCGCGCGGGAGGGCAUGGGGCAGGACGAGGCGCAGUUCAGCGUGGAGAUGCCGCUGAGUGGGCGUGCCUACCUGUGGGCGGACAAGUACCGGCCGCGCAAGCCGCGCUUCUUCAACCGCGUGCACACGGGCUUUGAGUGGAACAAGUACAACCAGACGCACUACGACUUCGACAACCCACCGCCCAAGAUCGUGCAGGGCUACAAGUUCAACAUCUUCUACCCCGACCUCAUCCGCAAGCGUGCCACGCCGGAGUACUUCCUGGAGGCCUGCGCGGACAACCGCGACUUCGCCAUCCUGCGCUUUCACGCUGGGCCGCCCUACGAGGACAUCGCCUUCAAGAUUGUCAGCCGCGAGUGGGAGUACUCGCACCGCCAUGGCUUCCGCUGCCAGUUCGCCAAUGGCAUCUUCCAGCUGUGGUUCCACUUCAAGCGCUACCGCUACCGCAGGUGACACCCGCGGGGCAGGGCCGGCCCCAGACACCUCCCAGUGGACUGUGACAGGGACGCCCUCUGCAUCUUCUGGGCACCAGUCCCUGCCAUUCUGCCGGCCCUGGCCCCUUCAGAUCCCAGCCCAUCUGGAACAGAUUGUGACUGUUUAUCUGACAGGACUGCUUUAGGUGGGAAGGAUGUCUUGUUUCUGUUUCCACAGACUUGUUCUACCCGCGGGACCCCAUGUGGUUUUGAUACGUUUAAUAGAAAGCUUAUUCUAGAA